CACAACCUAAACACCAUUUCUCCCCUUUUUGGCCGAACACAAAACCAUCUCUCCUUCAUAUUAAUUGUUUUGUAUCCUUCUCCGCCGUCUAUGUAUUCUGCCGCUGGGGAUUCAUGGCGUUCUCGGUGGAGCAGAACGGGGAGGACGUUGGCAGAGGUUUCGGUGUCUCUGAUGUCGUUCCCGGCGAGGGGCUUGCUUUGAGGGAGUGGCGAAGGCAAAACGCGAUUCGAUUGGAGGAGAAGGAGAAGAAGGAGAAGGAGAUGAGGAUGCAGAUUAUAGAGGAAGCGGAUGAGUACAAAGUUGAGUUCUACAAGAAGCGUGAGGUUAAUGUUGAGAAUAAGAAAGCUAUUAAUUACAAGUGAUAAGGUAAGGGAUGUAUUGACAGCACAAGCUUCAUUUGGAGGUGGAUUAUUGGCAAAAGAUGAAGCAUAAUGAUUAGUUACAAAUAAUGUGUAAUAACUAAACUGCUACAAGAUAUUUUUUAUGCUGCAGCCUUAAUUAACAAUAUAUACAUAUAUGUCUAAUACACAAUUAGUGAGUGUGUUGAGAAUAAAUAUUUCUAUUAUUACUGUGGUGCCUAGCAGUGAUAUUAGAGCUUUAGGUUCUUAAUUUUUCUGCUGUAAAUCAGCAGAUUGGUGCCAAAACCAUGGCAACAAAAUUUGAGAUAAAAAAAACUCAAUGGAAGUAACUUCUCCUUUUGGAAACUGAAGAUCAAAGCAAAUUUGAGGAAGGAAAAUUGCUUAGAUACAAUUAAAGGUAGACUUGUAGGUAUUGCCGAUGACAAGUGGAAGGAGAUGGAUAGCAACGUUGUUCCCAACUUACAUUUGGCAAUGGCAGUCUGGCAGAUUCUGUAUUGUCAAGCAUCUUAGAGAAAAAGAUAGCAAAGGAAAUUUGGGAUGCACGCACUAAAUUGUACGAGCCCAAGUCGCUACACAACAAGAUAUUCCUGAAAAGGAGACUCUAUACUCUUCGUAUGAGUGAGUCUACAUCAGUCACAGAUCACAUCAACGAUCUGAAUACUUUAUUUUCACAGCUAACAACUAUGGGGUGUCCAAUUACAGAAAAUGAAUGUGUUGAGCUUCUUCUUUAGAGUUUACCAGACUCAUAUGAUCAACUCAUCAUCAACAUCACCAACAACAAAAUUGCAGAUCAACUCCAAUUUGGUGAUGUCACAGGCAUUAUUCUUGAAUCAGAAAGCAGGUGGAAAAACAAAAACAAUCGAGCAGAGAGUUCAAGGUAAGCAGAUGCUUUGUUGGGUGAGAGGCAAAUCUGCGGAACGUGGCUCUAGUGGGAGUCAGAGUCGUACUAGAUCAAAGUAUUAGAAGAGGAAGAAUUUUACUUGCUACAAUUGUGGCAAGAAAGGUCACUUAAAGAAAGAUUGUUGGUUUAAUAAGAAAAGUACAUAAAAAAUUUUGGUGCAACAAUCUCACAAGGAUGUUUUGCAUAUAGG